CUGGGCUACAAGUGCGAGCCUCGAACAUGGAUGCCGCCGUGUUUAAAACAUAAGUCGUCGGCGUCUAAAAUCUAAAAUAUCCACCAUAAUUUAUUGACGCUCGACACUAGGAAGAAUUAGCAUCGUGUUGGAACCAUCCAAAAGCUAAAUACACAUGAACAUGGCUUGUGCACCUGUGCUAAGGCGGUCAUGGAGCAUAUAUGCGUCUCUACGGUGCAAGGUGCCCUCCACUCUAAGGUCGCAUUUAGUUAAUACAUCGCGCAGUUUGAGUGUUGAGCGACAGGAAAAUAUCAUGACCGUAUUUGACAGAAAAGCAAAACGAAUUCAAAAGGAUCGGACAACGCUUUUACCCGAUUAUGAAGUUUACGAUUAUAUGAAAGAAGAGGUAGGUUAUAGGCUCUUUGACAGAAUGUGUGAUGUAAAAAGAAAGUUUAAGCUGGCUAUAGACCUUGGCUGUGGGAGGGGCUAUGUAUCCAGACACCUGUUGGCAGACAUGGCGGAAAAGCUUUACAUGUGCGACUCAUCAGAGAAGUUAUUGGCACAAGCACAAGUAUCUCCAGAAGUUCCGACAACAAAGAUGGUAGUGGAUGAAGAGGCUCUCCCAUUUGAGCCCGACUUAGCUGACAUUGUAUUUAGCUCACUAAGUUUACAUUGGGUCAAUGAUCUUCCUGGUUGCUUUAAACAGGUCCACAGAACAUUGAAGAAUGAUGGUGUUUUCCUUGGCUGUAUGUAUGGAGGAGACACAGUGUUUGAGCUCCGUGUUGCACUACAACUGGCCGAGACUGAGAGAGAAGGGGGGUUUUCUCCUCACAUUUCACCGUUUACGAGUGCACAGGACCUUGGUAAUCUGCUGAACAGGGCUGGCUUCACCAUGCUGACACUGGAUACUGAUGAGUUCACAAUCAAGUACCCGUCUAUGUUUGAGCUGAUGAUGGACCUGAAAGGUAUGGGAGAAAACAACUGUUCAUGGUCUCGCAGGCCGUCUCUACACAGAGACACAAUGAAGGCUGCAGCAGCCAUUUACCAAGAUAUGUAUGGAGAUGAAGAAGGUGUACCAGCUACAUUUCAGGUUCUCAAUUUCAUAGGAUGGAAACCAGAUCCCUCACAGCCUAAAGCUGCAGAGAGAGGCAGUCAGGACUUUUCAUUUAAGGAUCUUGACAGACUGAGUGAGCUGACAAAGGACAUUGAAAAAUUUAAAGUUGAUGCCAAUGUGACAGAUAAUGAUGAUAAAUCCUGAUAAAUUAUUGGUUCAUUAAUAAACUGUUGAUUUCUA